GUUUUUGUGCUCCUUCAAAAGGAAACAUGUAGUGUUCUUGGUGCUAUGAUCGACAUUUAUGAGCGUCUGUAAUUCGCGAUUAGCUAGGAAAUCUCUGUGAACGAUGAACGUAACUUAGCGGAAUCCGUGGUCCAGAAAUGGACGUCAGCAAGGAGGUCGAGCUUGAUGAGGCGCAGGUUGUGCGCUGGCUAGACGCACACCCGGAUGUGCUUUGCAGAUAUCUUCUGGAAGCAGCUCCUAGCCGAGCGCUGGACGCAGCUCUUCCUGCCUCCACAGUCAGUAGCACACUGCUUAGGAACCCCGUUCGCGAAGAAAACAAGAGAACUACCAGCAGCAAGAAGCGAAUAGCAGAGGAAGAAGAGCUUGAAAAGGACGACGGCGAGGAAGAACGACGAAGACAGAACUGUGAACGUUGCUUUGGUCUCUGUCUCACGGACAUUCCUGCCUUGUCUGACUUCGAUCUAAUGACUAUCCGCGAUUCAGAACUACAUCCUCCGAUUGCUCGACCGGAAUUGUUUGUUGAGUCUCCGGAAUCUCCACCGAGGCGUGCAAGGUUCCACAGUGUUUGCGCAGAAAUGGAGGCAUGUUCGAGUGGCAGAACUAGGUUUGCAGCCGGAUCGUGUUGCGGCUCUGGACGGCGCCGAUUGAGUAUGAAAGAGUUACGGAAAUGUGCGUCAUUGCCGCCGUCGACUUCGCAACUCUUGAGUUUGCUCAUGGAGUCCCGAGUUCAGGUGCCGACGUGUCACAGCCCGGACGCCGCCGCCAAACGUCGGCUCAAGCGUCGUUCACCUACUCACUGCUUCUUGGAGUUGGUGCGUGACAUUUCAACUGAGCUGAGUGUGGAGACGCUUUGCGCCCGUGUCAGCAUCAACGUUGGUGUUUUGGCGGAAAGUGAGCCGGCGACUGUUUUGCUGGCGGUGACGAGGACGGCGUCGAUCGCCUGUGACAAUGACCUGCAGGACAGCGCCGUUUCUUCUCGGCGGCUGCUGGUGCCGGCGCCGAAUACUGCGAUUCAACGGUGUCGCCCGACUUUGGUCGUCCCGUGGGGGACUGGUGUGCUUGGCAGGGUGGCCGAGUCAGGCGAGCGAGUCAUCUUCAAUGCCCCUCACAGCCAUUUUCUUGUCUCAUUGGACGAUUACGACAACCACUCGCACAAUGAAAUCGGCGUGCCGAAUUAUCCAUGUGAUCUCCGGCAUCAGCGUCUACGAUUUACUUUGCUACAGAUGGAUGAAAGGUGA